AAGCAAAACGACGACGUUUAAUUCUCCUCCAAGUUUUUCACACGGUCCUCAAAGGGUACAAAACCUUUCUUGCAAGCAGAAGAAUCUUCCAGUCUCAUCGAGAGCGAGAGACGUGAACACUCCGAGUAUCGUCUUUAAUUCCAUUCUACCCAUACCUGAUUUUUCUAUGGCGACCGAAGCAAAGGCUGUGACUGAGGAUGUCAAGAUCGAUCUAUUUGAAGAUGAUGACGAAUUUGAAGAGUUUGAAAUCAAUGAAAGUAUAACUCAUAAACUCAGUAAUCUUAUUCACUUCAUUGUUUUACAACUUACAGAGUGGGAUGACAAGGAGGAAGGGAAAGAAGUAACCCAACAGUGGGAGGAUGAUUGGGAUGAUGAUGAUGUUAGUGAUGAUUUCUCUGUUCAGCUGAGAAGGGAGUUGGAGAGCACUACUGAGAAGAAUUAAACCAGCUGCUGGCUAUUAUUGUUUGAUAUAACAUGUGUAAUGACUAAUGAGGUACAACUUAGGUAUUUGAGACCUUGAGCUCUGCGUAUUUUCUUAUCUUCAAAAGAAAUUAAACCAUGCCUUGUUAAGAAGGAAAUAUGAGAAAGAACAGAAUAUGAGGACAAAAUUCAUGUGUUCUUUCUUAAAAAUAUCUGCAUAGAAGUUAUGAAGUACUUGCUUUUAGCUGAGUUCUGUGAUUCUAUAUGAUUUCUUGGAAUUUAAAUUUAUGUUUUGGCUCA